CACAAUAUGCUACUAUGGUAGAUAAAACCACUAGUGACUAUAAUAUCAACAGCUGGUUACAAUAAAACUAACAUGUCGGGCCUUUAUUUUGAAAGGUCUCAGCCGGAUGUGACGUUGCAGUAAUCGCUCUACUGUAAAUGUUCACGUCGCUUACAGUGAAGCAAUGGAAGAUGACAUACAAGAGGAAGUUCUUUCACAGUUCAAAGAAAAGCGACUGGGCGGCUGGCAAAUCUUACAGAUGGCAGCGGGUACAGGUUUGGCCGCCUAUGCCGUCUGGGCAGGAAUUUUAAUGCCGGGCUUUCGCAGAGUGCCAUUAAAAUUACAAGUACCCUAUAUGCCAGCUAGCAGAUCUCAAGUAUGUAACGUUAUGACUUUGCUGAAAGGCAGAUCUGGAGCCAUAGCUGACCUGGGUUCAGGUGAUGGCAGAAUUGUAUUAGAAGCGUGCCGUCGGGGAUUUUCUCCAGCAGUCGGCUAUGAACUCAACCCCUGGCUUGCUCGACUUGCAUGUUUUCAUGCAUGGAGAGCUGGAUUUCAUAGAAGUGUUUCAUAUCGACGAGAAGACCUGUGGAAGGUUGAUCUUUCAACUUUUAAGAAUAUUACAGUAUUUUUGGCUCCUAGUGUGCUAAGUCUUUUACAAAAGAAGUUGCUGGCUGAACUUCCUGAAGAUGCAUUGAUUGUAGCGGGACGUUUCCCGUUCCCUGAUUGGACAGCUUGUAGGAUAGAGGGUGAGGGUGCGGACAGAGCAUGGGCCUAUCACAUACAAGAACUAAGACAACACUACCAACCAAAAAGCGAAAAACUGUCUGACCAAACCAGCUAAUUAUUUUAAAAUCUUCUUUAAUGUUUUAGCUUGAUUUUAUUACGUUUUACAUUAUUUAUAAAUUGUUUGCACAAGAUGUUUUUUAAAAUAUUUAACUUGCAUAACUAAUAUGUAAAUAUUUUCUAUGUAGGUUUUAUUUACUUUGUCUCAGUUACACAACACUGAACUUGACAAAAACAUAGCUGCUGUCUGUGUGAGUUCCUUAAAGUGUUUUAACCCAUUGGUAACUUCCUGUUUCUUAAUGUGACCUAGAUAAUGUUCAGUGCAAUCUUCAAGUUUUAGGUAUUUAUCUUUUGUAAACAAAGGAAAUAAAUAAUAUUUAUUGUCA